AUGUCUUAUGCAGUUGAAACCAAGAAGCGCAAGUUCGAUCGCAUCCUCGAAGCCCUCUCUGAUGGCGCUACAUCGCCCUCUCGAUCUUCCCUCAAUACUCGCAACAAUACUUCAACCACGACCCUUACCCAAGACUCUGCCUCCGACUCUUCUAAACGACGCCGAGUCGCUCCGACCUCGAAGGUCAUCGUAACCUCCUCUUCGACUACCUCACUGAGCGGACACUACUUGCCUUCCAGCCGAAGCGCAUUCCUACAGCGACUCGAAACAUUCCGACAUGUAACCCAGUGGCAUAUACCUUCCUCGGAGCGUAUUAACGCGGCAGCCUGGGCAAAGAGAGGCUGGACCUGUGUUGACACCGAUACUGUCUACUGUGGAGCCUGCAAAGAGAGGGUUCAUGUUGACCUAGAGGUUGAUGCUGAUUCCAGUGAAGCUAAGGAUCACGAGGACGGUGAAGAUGGCACAGCUCAGGAUGACAGCUUUGCCUUCGGUUCAGAAGUAUACGAAGGCCUAGUCAAGAGAUACCAAGAAAUGAUAGUCACGGCACAUGCGGAGAGUUGUCCCUGGCAUCGACGAGGAUGCGACGCCACUAUUCAGCGCAUCGAAGGCCUCCUGAAUACCAAGAUGGCUUUGUCUGGUUUGCAGACACGUUAUGAUAGCCUGAUGAGUCGAGCCGACGAAAUACCCGAGCAUGUCUCGCUGCCAGUUGAGAAUCUCGAGGACGCACACAUUUUGGAGGACUUUCGCUUCACUGAGUCCGAAAAGCCUCACUGCGAUGCGUUGAAACUGGCGCUCUGUGGAUGGGAGCGAAAAGGCGACGAUAUCAUUGAGUGUCACCACUGUUUUCGUUCACUUGGGCUCUGGCUUUACCGCGGGGAGUCGCCGGCCAUGGACCGCCUUGAUGCAGUGGAAGAUCAUCUCGAAUAUUGCCCCUGGCGGUCAGCCGAGGCUCAGCACACAGAGGUUGUCGUAGGGGGUCGUGAGAACACAGACAACCCUGAGCCAAAGACGCGGCACCUUGCGGGUUGGGCCCUAGUCUUCCAGGCCAUGCUUAAGGACCAUAACAAGAAACGCGGGUCCAGGUCGGUGGGCUCCACCUUCACUUCUGAAGUCGAGUUGUCCACCGCAGGAAGCGAAGUGUCCUCGACACCGGCACAACGUGAGAAGAAGAUGAGGGAUUUAUUGCGCAGAAUCAAGGAAAUCAAAAAGCCAUUCAACGUCAAGUCUUUAUUGAGACGCAAAGACAGGGCCCAAACAUGA